GAAAAAAGACUUACUAGAGGAGAAUUUAAUCUGUGAUUAUAGCAAUGGAGUCGAAGUAUCCGCCAGGUUACCGUUUCAUGCCGACAGAUGAAGAACUCAUCUCUGACUACUUACUAACGAAGAUCGACAAUCGGCCUUUAGCAGCCGACGUUAUUCAAGUCGUCAACUUUUCCGAUCACGGUCCCGAUUAUUUGUCACGCGAAUAUCCUCCAGUUGGAGACAAGGAAUGGUAUUUUUUCACCCCGAGGAUUCGAAAGUAUGCCAAGGGAUCGCGGCCUAAUCGAACUGCAGGCAACGGAUUUUGGAAAGCUAGUUGUGCCGACAAGGAUAUUAAAUUUAAUAAUAAAAUUAUCGGACACAAGAUGACUUUGGUUUUUCACGAAGGAAUAUCAUCAAAAGACGGGAUUAAGACCGAUUGGAUCAUGCAUGAAUAUACAGCGAUUCAUCCUUCCCGGAAUAAAAGAGAUGCCGACGACAACAUGAAGUUGGAUGACUGGGUUAUUUGCCGUAUUCAUAAGAAUGUUUCGAAAUCAAGCAGUGCUAAUAAACGGCGGGCUAAUCUCCUAGAAAAUCAACAACAACAAGAACAAGUUGCGGUAGGAGAAAAUCGACAAGAAGAAGAAGAACAAGUUGCGGUACGAGAAAAUUGAGGAGAGGAAGAUGAAGUUGUUGCAUCAGACCGAGUUCGUGAAGUUGUUGAAGCACAUGAUAAUUUGAAUGAUCAAUAUUAUUAUGGGAUUAAUAAUAAUAAUAUUAAUGCGGCCGCAAAUUCAAACGCAAACGCAAACGCAAACGCAAUGGAUAAUUGCAAGGACGACAAGGAAGAAGAGUGGUUGGACGACGAUUUUGUAGACAUUAAUCAACUAUUAAUGUCGAUGGAAGAAGAAGGUUUUAUAAUAGACAUUAAUGCACUAUUAAUGACGAAAGAAGAAGAAGAAUGUUUCCAGGAACGAUUAUCACAAGUUCAGCAACCAAAUCAGCAAGGGAGUAUUUAUCAGCAUGCUCCAAAAUGAUAAAGAAGACAAUACUGAAUCAUUUAAUCUUCUUUAGCGAUCGAUCUGUUUUUAAAGCUAUGUUAGUACUCUGACUACAUGUAUAAAUAAAUGCAACUAGUGAUUAAUUAGUUUUCGAAUAUUAGUUGAUUAGUGAACGAGUUCUUUGUCGCCUGUCGGUAUUAAGUAUUAACAUGCUCAAUCAAAAUAAUAUCAACAUUUAUACACACUGAAAGUAAAAUAAAUAAAUAUGUCAAAUAACGGAUGUUCUUCUUACAUGUUAUUAGGAACCUGAUUUAUCUGUAGCUGGUUUCUUCUUACAUGGCUUCGGCCUUCAAUCGGACAUAUAACACAAAACCUUGGCCGACGACGUAACUAUGAAUCACGUCUCUCUUCAUCACUCUC